AUGAAUAAUCUCACCCACUUGACAAGUUUACAAAUUCGUGGGAAUCAGUUGACUGGCCAUUUGCCGCAAAAUAUUUCCUUUGGUGGGUCACUUGAAGCUUUGGGUGCUGCUGAAAACAAAUUCACCGGAGAUAUUCCAAAAGAAUUGGGGAGGAUGAUCUCAUUGGACAAACUCUCUUUCAGUCAUAACCAAUUUUCAGAAAAGAUUCCUAUAGAUAUAGGAUCAUUGGAUCAACUCGAGCAAUUGGAGUUGGCAGCAAAUAAUCUCACUGGCCCAAUACCUAAAGAGCUUGGAAGCUUGCGGAAGCUGUGGAUUUUGAACUUGAGCAAAAAUAAAUUUGAGUUUAACAUGCCUGUUGCAGAGAUUGCUUUUACCAUGCAAGCGACUGAGAAAUACGAUUUUUAUAGUCUUCCCAUUAGAAAUCUUAAUGGGAAGACAUCUAGGAGAGCUCAUUGUUCUUUGACAGGGAUCCCAACAUCCUAUGAUUUGCCAAUUAAGAAUAUGUUGGACCAGGAUUAUGUCAUUAUAUCCUUAUGGAGGCUGGGUUUUUGUGGAGUCUUGGAGGCUGAAGGAUGGGGAAUGCUUAGAGGGCUGGAAAUUGCUUGGCAAAAGGGGUUUCAUCAGGUGAUUGUUGAAUCUGACUCGGAAGUGCUGAUUAGAAUGCUACGAGGGAAGAUGACAAAAGGGAGCUUUAUUCCCCCUGUCUUUCGCCGGAUUCUGCAGAUGCUUGAAAGGAGUUGGAAUGUCAGAAUUUGUAAAGUGGACAGGAAGGCGAAUGCUUGUGCUGAUGCCUUGGCGAAACUGGGAUUUGGGUUGGAGUUAGGUUGUCAUAUGUUGGAGGAAACUCCUUCGGCGCUAACAGAUCUGGUUGAGAAAGAUGAGGUUGCAAGACGAGCUGCGGAAGUUUCUGGGCACUUGCCCCCUUGA